AUGUCGUCGUCCUAUCGAGUGAUUCAACAUACCAUUGAUUGCUGCCACACUAGAGAUUACAUCGCAGCGACUGCCAAUGGUGACGCCGAUGCCCCGAAACUAUCGGUGAAGCAAUAUAUUCCACUUAAUAAUCCUACACCCGAGCCAGGAGAUAUUACCAUCAUCGGCGCGCAUGCAAAUGGGUUUCCAAAGGAGCUAUAUGAGCCUCUAUGGGAAGAGAUUUAUCAACGAUCAGCUCAAGCGCGCCUCCAGAUUCGGUCGAUUUGGAUUGCAGAUAUGUGGAAUCAAGGCCAGUCCGGUGUCAUCAAUGAGAAGAUACUUGGGAAUGAUCCGAGCUGGUCCGAUCACUCGAGGGAUCUGAUGCACUUAAUCAACCAGAACCAGGCUUCCAUGCCUCAUCCAAUAGUAGGAAUUGGCCAUAGUAUGGGUGGUACUCAACUUUCUUUGUUAGCUUUGAACCACCCACGCCUACUCCGGUCGCUCGUUCUGCUCGACCCAGUCAUCCAAGAGCGCAACGGAAGCAUCUCUCCAGCAAAAGCAUCUACGCCCCGUCGAGACAUCUGGCCAUCCCGGCAGACUGCAGCAGCAAGAUUUAAGGGUGGAAAGUUCUUUCAGACUUGGGAUCCACGGGUAUUGGACCGUUGGAUUGAGUACGGCCUCCGUCAAGUUCCGACGGAACUUUACCCACGUGGUCAUUUUGACAAUGACGACGCCGUGACGUUAACAACCUCGAAACACCAGGAACUUUUCACAUUCCUCAGGCCUACGUACCGGCAAAGCCCCAGCGAGAAGUAUGUUGACAAAGAUCCUGUUUCAGAUACGGAGUACCCUGGAUAUCCAUUUUACCGGCCCGAACCUCUCCAGGUCUUCCGUCGCCUGCCAGAAAUGCGCCCUAGUGUCCUCUAUAUCUUUGGGGGUAGUUCGGAGCUUUCACAUCCACAGCAGCGUGAAAAGAAGAUGGCACAGACAGGUGUAGGUGUUGGUGGUAGUGGUGGCGCUGUUGCCGGUCGUGUGAAGGAGGUAAUUCUUGACUGUGGCCACCUUGUAGCCAUGGAGAAGGUUUUGGAGUGUGCAGAUGCAAUCACCUCUUUUCUAGCGAGCGAGCUCGAGUUAUGGAGAAAGGAGAAUCGGGAAUUUGAGACAUAUUGGAACAAGAAGAGCAGGCGGGAGCAGAUCAUGAUGGACAAGGCCUGGGCUGAUAACAUUGAUCCGAGUGUGAAGCCUUCGGGCCGUAACAAACUCUGA